AUGGCAGAUAAUCUUUCAGCUAGUGGAUCGAAGGUUGUCAACAUUACAAAAAUUUCAGAAAAAUGUCCUUCGAUUUCUGUGAUUGAUGAUCAAGGAGAUAACAGGUAUGAUUCAUGGAAAUUUUCUCUGAUAGGUAGAUUGGAUUUCCUUCGAAUUAAGUUCGCAGAUGCGAUGAAUAUUUUAAAAGGUCAAUGGAAAUUAACUAGUAGUUGUCAUUUAAUUCCUUUGGGAUUAAGCUUUGAAUAUUGGGAUGAGAAAACGUUAUUUACAAUGUGUGAUGCAAUUGGAAAUCCGGUCAAGGUGGAUGAUGCUACUCUUAAAUUUUCAAGUGGGUAUGCUGCAAAAGUUUUGGUUGAGCUAGAUCUUUCACAAACAAUACCAAAUAAGCUUUGGAUUAUCACUAAAUAUGGCAGUUUCUCACAGGGCAUUGUUCUUAACAAAUUACUAAAGUUUUGCUCUCAUUGUAAAAUUUUUGGUCAUACUUUAAAAGAAUGUAGGUUCAAGAAUAACAUUAAUAAGGAAAAUCCCACGGUGGUUCAAGUGGGUAGUGUUAAGAAGCCAAUGGAUAAAGGUCAGAAUAUGAAGCCACAAGAACCCUUUGAUAUUUGUCCACCUUUAAUAAUGCCAGAUUUAGGAACUCCUCUACCAAACUCAGAAAUUCCUAUUACUGAAGGAAGAUUCAGUUCUCUGCAAGAUUUAGCAGUAAAUGAAGAAGAAGCUAGUACUGAAAGAGUGCCACAAGAAAUGCUCACUCCAACAAAAAUACUUCAAAUGGUGGAAAAUAAUUCUUUGGAAUCAAGUGUGAUUAAGUUUGUUAAUGGAAAAUAUGACACAGUCUCUUCUGAAAGAGUACCAGUCACUUCUUGGUCUAGAGUUGUUCAGAAACCUUCAUCACAAAAAGCAAAAACUGGAGAAGGUGAAACUACAGUAUGUCAGGUAAAUGUUGCUGCUACUUCAACUAGCACUCAAUUGCCAGGUCAGGUAAAUACUGCUCCUACUUCAACUGGUACACAAUUGCCAAGCAUGCAAUGUAUGGUGAUUCAUAACUCAAUUUCAAAUAAAAAGGGCAACAUAUGGUUGUUUUGGAAUAAGAAUUUGCCUACUCCUUCAGUAGUAUCUAUGUCAAGUCAGAUGGUUACAGUGGAUAUUGGUGGUGUUCUUGUAUCUAGUGUUCAUGCUCAUGUGGGAAUUGUUCAGAGAAAAAUCUUAUGGGCAGAGAUGGAAGUUAUUAAUGAUCUAAAUUUUCCAUGGUUGGCAAUUGGAGAUUUUAAUGCAAUUACUUCAGUUGAUGAAAAAAUUGGAGGUAAAUCUCCAAAGAGAAGUGCAAUGAUGGAGUUCAAUAAUUGUCUUGAUGCUUGUGCACUUAUGCAAGCUCCUAAAACUGGUCUUAUGCACUCUUGGUCUAAUUGUCAACAUGGAAGUAAAAGAAUUUUGUGUAAUUUAGACAUAGUUGUGUUUAAUCAGUUAUGGUUACAAAAAUUUGAAGGUUGGGAGUAUAAAGUUGGUUUAAGAGUAGCUUCAGAUCAUUCUUCCCUACUAGAUUUUGUCUUUCAACAUAAGCUGAAAAAAUUAAAGAAGAUUCUAAGAGAUUGGAAUUGGAAUGUAUUUGGUAAUAUUAAUGUUCAAGUCAAGGAGGCAGAAGAAAACGUUCAAGAGGCUAUGUUAAAUUCAGAUAAUAACCCUUUUGAUGAUGAAGCACUAAAUAAUUUGGUGGAAGCUCAGAAUUUGCAUGGCUCUAAAGAAGCUCAGUUACAUACUUUUCUGAAACAAAAAUCAAGGAAUAAAUGGAUAAAAAAGGGAGCUGCUAAUAUAGGUUUCUUACAUGCAAAAAUCAAGAUUAGGCAAGAAAGAAAUAGUAUCAGUGAGCUUGAGGAUCAGCAUGGUAAUAUAAUUUCAGACCAAAAGAAAGUUUCAGAAGAACUAAUUGAAUAUUUUGAACAAAAAUUCAGGUACAAGGAAGUGCAAGAUAUUGAUCAUAUGUUAAAUGACAUUCCGGAAGUGAUAACUAGUGAAGAUCAGGAAAUGAUUGAGAAAGUUCCAGAUGAAGAAGAAAUUAAGCCACAUUAUUUGACAUGGACCAAGACAGUGCACCUGGUCCUGAUGGAUUUUCAAGUUGUUUCUAUAGGUCAUGCUGGGAUAUCAUACAUCAAGAUGUAG